AUGACAAUCGCGGAUGACCAAGACAGCGAUCUGCCUGGAAUUCCCAUAGAGAUUGGAAGGCGGCGCUUCGUUAACUUUAAUCUGCCAAGCGGAGAAUUCAGAGUGUUCUAUGCAGUUCUGAAUCAAAGUGCUGCGCUCGACCUACUCCGCGUUCACUGUAUGCUUGAUAAUCCCAAGCUCAAAUAUGAGGACUACAACUAUGUACAGAUCACAGUUGCUAAUGGAAGAGCUACUGUAUCCUUUUCACUCCCUGAAAAAACAAGCAACGGAUCACUUCUAUAUGAAGGUGCUCGAACUAUCCAACCUUUGGAGGUUGAAGAUUUUGCCGAAAAUGUGCAGGUGAUUACGGUGACGAUCUCAUCUCGCGCUCAGACGGCUAUCAGCGGGAAGAUUCGCGUUGCUAAUUACGAUAGAUCUCAGUACAACGUUAUGUUGCCACCGACCUCACCGAAAGAAAAGUCUCUUGCCAAUCAAAAAGCUGGAUUUGUACGCCCUGUUUCCUUUCGACUUGCGACUAAAGGCAUUGAUAUGCUUAGAAUCGCUAUUCAAAGUGAUGAUGAUAUCUGCGCAAGAUUGGUCGUCUCUACUGUUCAGAAUAUUCAAGUAGAAGGAUGGGAUGACAAUCAGCUGAAGUCAAUGGAAUUUUCUAGGCGACUUGAUCUUCUUCUGAAAAAUGAACUUCAACCGGUCAUCUACAUGCAUAUCGAGGUUUAUCCGGACGAUACGAAAUGUUCAGAAAACCCCAUUUACAGAACUCCGAACAAGUUGAAGGUUUUCAAUAUCACCUGGUUAGGCGAAUCUACCACAUCACUGCUGAUGCCAAUCGCUGCUUCAGUUCCAUGCUUCCUUCUUGCCGUUGCUUUGGCUCUUAUUUACGCCAUUUUCAGUAGGAAGAGAAGCGAACGGAUAGAUGAUGGAGGAGCACUUGAACAAGUUGGCCCUGAAAAUGAUGGAGCUUUGUAUGAUAAUCCGGAAACAGGCAUCAGUGAUAGUCCAGACGGGGACGAAGGUACUGUAAAUCUACGAAGAGAACAGUCACUCCAUGUGAAGACUGCUUCCGGAGUGGCUGUUCAGAAGGAAUGGUCUUGGAGUAGCGCCCAAUUUGCUGUAAUUCUUCUUCCGAUUCUUUCAUUAGUGAUCUCUGCUCCAAGGCUGGGUCUGGAAUGGAAUGACGACCAGUGUUUCCAUAAUUACGCAUGUGCUGAGCCUCUUUGGAUUUUCACCUCAUUCAAUCACAUCUUCAGCAACGCAGGAUAUGUGUUCGAUAGCUUAUUCUAUCUCAUAUUUGUGAAACUUCGUAAGAAGAAACCCACGGCAAGGUACGGCACAUACAAUAACUAUGGCUUGGAAAUUUCCAUGGGUUUGUCGCUUUUAUGCGAAGCACUCGCAAGUUCCAUCUAUCACACAUGUCCUAAUGCGAUAACGUAUAACUUGGACACUCCAUUCAUAGAGGUGAACUGCCUACUUAUGAUGCUGAAGCUUUACGGGAACCGACGCCAAGUUAUCACACCUCAACUCGCAAACAAUGCUGUGACAUCUGUGAUUCUAUUCGACAGCAUUAUCACGGUAAUCGGCGACAAAGCUGUGUUACGCGGACUUGUCGUGACGGCGUUAAUCGGAGUUGUGCUUCUAGGUGUUGGCACGCUAUUACUUGGGCCCGAAUAUUCAUUGAGCUCAUUUCGAGCUUAUCAAGGGCGCCAUCUUAGUGGUGGCCUUGCGAUUGGCGCAUUACUGGUGAACGCUAUCAUUACUUUGGGGUUCCUUUUCCUAUCGCAACAUCUUCAAACGACUCAGUUCACUACUGUCCUGUGUAUCAUUAAUACAUUGCUUUAUCUCAUCUACUACGUUACUAUGAAGCUCAAAUCCACUGAAAAAUGGUGCAAGUUCUCCAAAAGAUGUAUAAUAGCUGCUUUCUUGGUCUGGUCAAUUGCUUUGUUUUUCUUUCUGAAAGAAGAGACUGAUUGGAGGCUUACACCUGCUCAAAGCCGCGCUCUAAAUCUCCCAUGUGUGCUGUUGGGUUUCUUCGACUAUCAUGAUCUCUGGCACUUAUCAUCUGCAUUGGCCUCGCUUCUAUUGCUAAUGGGUAUAUCUAGCAUAGAUGAUGAUCUCUGCGCUAUUCCCACAUCUGAAAUUUCAGUAUUCUAA